UGGAUGGGUUGCUUUGUUAGGGCCACCAAAGUAUGUGAAGCUCUGUAUUUUGCAGGGGUGCCCAUCUGGCUCAUUCAUAGCAAAGAAUAUAUUCCCCUGACUAUGAACAUUGUAUGCUUGGUACAAUUAACAUACCCUGAUGGUAUUGUCAGGUCUAUGUAUACAGAAAAUGGUGUGGCAAAGCCCUUCCCUUCCAUC